CCGCAUACACCUGGGGCCCGUUCCGAACCAAGCUAACUCACAUUUCCACAGUUCAUUGGAAUUUCGAUCGCUUUAUCAUAUUUCUACCCGGAGAAUCUCUCAUUUCCUCUCUCUUCUUUUUUGUCCAAGUUCUGUAGCGAUUCAAAACCCUAAGAUUAACGUAAACGAAGAAGGAUAUUUCAGGUGCCAUUGUACACUACAUUUACGGAGGUUUGUGUAUUUUAAUUCUGGUUUUCUCCAAAUUUACUUAUCUCAUUGCAAACCCUAGCUCUCUGUCUCUUCCAUCACCACUACAUGCUUCAUUGGCUGAACCUCAUAUAGUGUUUUGGCACGCUGAGCUAUAAGCUCGUACAACUGUUCCAUGCCUGAUUGAGGCUUCAAUAUGUGUUUCACAUUUAUAAAUUGUGACAGCAUUUAUAAAUGUUAUUUAUUGACCUUCCUAAUAAUUCUUUGGAAAUAUCACGGCUUUGGAAAAUUUCGGUGUUGGAAUAUAUGCACUCACGGAGUUUUGAUUGCGUGCAUUUUGAAGUGCUCAAGGUCAAGAAUUUGUCUGCUGUUUUUAGGCUUGUUUGCUAUGCAUGUAAGAUAAAGGCUCCAUUUACUCUGAUUUAGCAAUUAGCUCAUCUUAGCUAGAAAGAUGUGUUUAUUAUGGUUCCAAAUACAGCUGGUUCUUGAAUACUUGAAUUGGCCUGAUGAGACUGUAGCAACAUAUUAAAGUGGGUCCUGAAUGUGGUUACGAAAGGAGGUUAACGAAUUGGGAUUUCUACUGAGGCUAUGCUUGAAAAUGCCAGAUAGGCAGAAUUUGUUGUUACCAAUAUUCUAUGUUGUUGGUUUAAAUUCAAACAUCACAGACAACGUCCUUUGGAUUUAAUAUCAUCUAUGCCUGGCAACGGAGUUGGAGAAAGGGUCCACAAUUUCUUUGCACAAGACACCUUGUCACAGGGGCAACAUCAGUCGGAGGUAUUGGACCAGAAUCUUCCAGCUCUGAGUAAUAACUUGUGGGCUGGAAACCAGGGAUCUGUUGGUGUUCCGAGUUACACCACAAAAGUAGUAGAUACUGGAAGAGGAUCAACCAGUCACUUAUUGAAUGGACCACCUGGCUUACAAUUCACUCGAUCCACUUUGAGUCCUGAGAUUCAGCUGCAGACUCAGCAGCAAAAUUUGAAUGGCUAUACAUAUGGGAAUCUGUAUGAGACGCGACAGGAUGAAGGAAAUUUUCUGGCAGCAGAUAUAGUUUCUGAUCAGCGAAAUGUAGGUUCAGUCGGCUCUUCUUUCUUUGAACAAUCAAUGCAGGGAGUGGGCCUUCAGCAUCAAGCACAGAUGGUCAGUUCUGGAGCUUCUCUAUCUUCUGGUAAUUUUGGUCUUCAUGGUGGUCAACAACUAAUGAGUCGUCACCAAUUAAACAUGCUGCAACCUCUGCAGCUCCAGCAGACUGGGAUCAAGGACUUACAGCAUCUACAACAGCAAGUAAUGUUCAUGAGGAUGCAAGAACUACAUAGGCAACAAAAACUCCAGCAACCAGAUGGUAGACAACAAAAUUCACUAAAUCAAAGUAUUCCCUUUCAGAAAGUUGUACCUAGCAGCUAUCCCUUUCCUCAGGUUCACAGUAAUGUACACUCGGGAGCACUAGGUUUCCCUGGGGCAACUGACACUACUAACACAAAUUGGUUACAUGGCUGUUCUUCAGCAUUGCAACUGUCACAUAAUGGUGUUCCUUCUAGCAAUUACGGUCAAGGGCAUCACAUGAUGACUCUGACUAAUCAACAGACUGACCAAUCCCUCUUUGGAGUUCCUGUCUCAUCUUCAAGGGCUAGCGGAAGCCACUCUAGCCAGUAUUCCCAAGGGAUGACUGCUAAGCCAAAAAUGCAGCAAUCCGCCUCAUUCAAUAGUUCAUUUCCCUUUCAACAAUAUGCUCAAUUACCAGAUCAAAUUAGUGCUCAGGAUGGAACAGUUGUUUCUAGACAAAGAUUCAUAGGUGAAAAUAUCUUUGGAAAUGGUCCUAACCAAAGUCUAAACAAUGCAAUUAAUAUAGAGAACCUUCAGGAAGUGAAUGCCGUUCAACAGAGUGAAACCAUGCAAGAGUUCCAAGCGAGAGAGGAACCUGCUAUUCCUUCAGUGAACCCACAAGAGAAAGCAUCAAAGCAAGCAAACUCAUCACACAAUGAAGUUGGUCUUGAUCCUACAGAGGAAAGAAUUUUGUUUGGUUCAGAUGAUAAUAUAUGGGAUGCGUUUGGAAAGUGCCCCAAUACGGGUGAGGAAGUCUCCAACUCGCUUGAUGGUUCAGGUUUACCACAUGGGUUUUCUUCUAUUCAAGGUGGUACUUGGAGUGCUCUAAUGCAGUCUGCUGUUGCAGAAGCCUCUAGAACAGAUGUAGGACCACAAGAAGAGUGGAGCGGUUUGAAUUUUCACACUAAUGUUGUUCCUUCAGGUAAUCAAAACGUUUCAACGCAUGACAAUGGGAAAGAACAUAGCGCGUUGAUGGAUGCCCACAUCUCCAGUACACCGCUAUUGAAUUCUGAGGCAGGUCAGCCUUCUGUCAGCGAUUAUAUGAAGAAUAGCUAUGUCAGUCAUCCAGGAUUUCAGCAAUUUGUACACAAAUUUCCUAAUGAUAUCACCCAAAAUAUGCAAUCAAAUUCUGUGCAGAGACUUGUGCAACCGUCUGAGGAAGGCAGCAAGUGGCCAGAUGUUGCACCCUUACAAAUGUCAGGUGAUGAAGGGAGUCAUAUGCAGAUGAACACCUCACAUCGAUUUGACGCAGGAGUUAAUGUCAAGGUUGUUUCUAGCUCCUGGAUGGAUGAGCUUGAUGGAUCCAGUAAAAACCGUGACAAAUUAAAUGAUUGGAGUGCUCUUGGGUCUGCAAUGGCGACUGAAGAUGCUUCUGCAAGGAUUCAUUCAAGUCACAACUACUCAAAUUCUUUAGACAGUAGUCACACCACAUGCUUACAUGGAGAUGCAGUUCAUACUGCUCCUUUCUGGAAAGCUGAUCCUGAAAUUAGCCCUGCUGUUACUUCAGAGGUUACUAGAUAUUCUCCUGCUAGUGCCCCGAUCAAUUCAGAGCUUGUUGCCAGUUCUUUAAAUGGCACUGAGGAAACCGGUAGAUUUCUUUUAAAAAAGAAUCAAGUUAAGUAUUGGAAGAACGCUAAUACCUUGUCCAUGGGUAAAGAAAGUCAAGGUUUGGAAAGAUCACAUUCACACAUUAUGAAGGACAACAAUAUUCUGAAUGCACUAGAAAUGACAUCUCAAACCGAUGCUAAAACUCAAGAGGCAGAUGCUUGUGAUAAGCCGGCAAACUCCAAUGACAGCUACCAGUCAAAUGUUUCACACCAAAAAUCUGCUGGAAGUUUGAGGGAAAACGUAUUGUUAGAUUCUAGUGAUUCAAGGUCUCUUGCUACUGGCAAGGAAAAGUUGUAUAAUCAGAUAGGCAAGAAAAAUUCUGCUCGCAAAUUUCAGUACCAUCCUAUGGGAAAUUUGGACGGAGAUGUAGAUCCUCCUUAUGGAUUGCAAAAGGCCCUCUGUAAAGAGGGAAUAGCCUCUCAGACCGCUCAUUAUGGUCAGUCCAAGCUUUUUAUUCAGGGGCAAUCAUCUAAUGCUCUAAGAGAUGGAAAAGGGCUAGCUGAUGUGCACUCUCAGAGUUACUUUCCUAGCUCUGUCUCUAAUAUGUCUGCCCCUUUGACAAGAUCUGUUGAUAUUCCCCCUCAUAUCACGGCUUCUCCAUCUUCUAGUCCAAGCAUGUUACAACUUCUUCCAAAGGUGGAUCAAUCAAGAGUGUUUGGCGCCACUAUGCAUCAGAACACAUUAUCAGCUGAGAUACCCAAGGCAGGAGACUCUGAUGGGCCUGUUGGACGCGUGUAUCCAAGUCACCCAUCAGCUGCUCAAGUCUUUGGCCUACAACUUGGUCCUCCAUCCCAGUUGAUGCCAGUUCAGAACCACUUAUUCUCUCCUCAAAGCUCUAUGGUAACUGUUUCUUCAUCCUCCCCGAGUAUUGGUGAUAAGGUGCAUAUAGCCUCUUUGUCUCAAGAUGUUUCAUUCCAUUCUUCAAGUGAAACAGCCCAAGGAGGGUAUGCUAAUAAAUCAGUAGUUCAAACAAAUGACAAUAAUGAGAACAGUCAUUAUAAGAUGCAUGCAAAAUUUCAUCCAGCAUUUAGUUCUGGAUCCCCCUUUCCAAAAAGCCGGAUUCAAAAUCAACGGAUGGCUACUGGACAUGAGUUGAAAGGUCAGCAUCCUAGUACUUAUUUCAAGGGCACUCCCUGUUUUCAUGAGGGAUAUGAUUCAUAUAGGGAUCCAUCUUCUGGUACAUCAGUGAAGAAUUUCUCUCAUGAAGUGGCUAGCAAUGUUGCAGGUCUUAAUUUACCUAAAUCUUUGUGCACAGCUAAGCAGACUAAUACUGUUGAUCCCCAUGAAAUCCUUAAAAGAUCAGUCAAUAAUUCCUUUCCUGUUUCUCAGCUUCCCUCCAGUUCAAUCAUGUCUCAGCAGGCAUCCUAUUCAAAGAAUAUGGAUAAUACAUGGAAUACAUCUAAGGAAAACCCAUUUAGUGCCCCUUCUCGUGAGGAGCCUUCAACUUUUUCAUGUUUGCACCAAUCAAAUAUUGUGGGCACAUCUUCUGCUACAGAAAACCGAGGGGAUCAAGAUGCAACCACUGGAGGGGGGAAUGUUUCGACUGAGGCUUAUACAAGUUUUGUGAACCCAUUGAGUAAGAUGCAUCAAGAAGAACAGCAUAUAAAGGAAAGCCCUUCUCAGCAUGAAUCGUUCAGAGGCAUUGACUCUGUCGAGGAAAUAAAUAAAGCUCAGGAAGAACAUAUCAUUAAUAAUCUUUCUGAUGUACAUCCUGUUUGUUCUGCCUCAAUGCAAAGAGAUAUUGAAGCCUUUGGGCGAUCUUUGAAGCCUAAUAACCUUUCUUACCAGAACUACUCUUUACUAAACCAGAUACAGGCCAUGAAUAAUGCUGAAAGUGAACAGAGUAGUAAGGCUUUGAAUAUAUCUCAAGCCUCAUAUAAUGGCCCUCUUGAUCAGGAAGUGUCGCAUGUGGUAGUUCCCUCAGUGGAUUCUAGAAUGCCAAAAAUCUCUGAAACGGAUCCUUUGGAAAGAAAUGUGACUUCUCAAGAAGUAAAUAUACCCACACAGUUGCAUGUAAUUCAUAUGGAUGAUCCUCAGACAAUUUCUCAGAGAAAGAAUGAGCACACUCAUGUUAGUCCACAGAUGGCACCAACUUGGUUUAAUCAUUUUGGAUCUGGAACUUUUAAAAAUGGUCAGGUAUUAGCAAUGCAUGACACACAAAAAACCUCUUCCAUGAAGAUGUGUGAAUCACCUCUCGUUCUUGACAAGUCCUCCAGUAGUUUGCAUACAUUCAAUACAAAGAAACACCUGAUACCUGCCAGUAAUGAUAUAAGUCGACAUGCUAGGCCGACCCUGCACACUAUCCCUGGCGCUGCUACUGAGCUGUUUUGUGCUUCCCCAUUAUCAUCGGUGGGUAAAGGAGACCAACAUUCAUUGCCAAGAUCCAAGAAGCGCAAACAUGUUAUAUCUGACUUGAAUCCUUGGUGCAAUUUAGUUUCACAGGGUUUGCGGAAUUUGCAAGCUAUCAGCCUUGGUGAAAGGGAAUGGGCAGAAGCUGCAGAUCGAGUUGUUGAAAAGGUUGAAGAAGAUGUUGAGUCUAAUGGAAGUGUCCCUCCUCGACAUAGAGCAAGAAGAAGACUUAUCCUGUCUACUCAGCUUAUGCAGCAACUAUUUCAACCUCUACCAAGAACAAUUCUUUUCUCAAAUUCAUAUGCAGAAUAUGAGGCUGUUGCUUAUAUGGCAUCUAGAUUGGCAUUGGGUGAUGCAUGUGGUGUGGUUCCUAGCUCUAAAGGCGACUACAUCGUGGGAACUGAUGGCAAAGAAAUAUUGUAUAGAAGGUGUAAGACAUUGGAGGACAGCUAUCAUCAUCUCGCAAAAGUUUUGGAAGAGUUCACCGAGAGGGGAAGAAAGUUAGAAGAUGAAUUUUCGAAACUGGACAGGAGAGCGUCACUGGUGGAUUUGGUAACGGAAAACCAAGAUUUGGAGAAGUUUUCUGUCAUAAACCGGUUUGCGAAGUUCUAUGGCCGAGGUGGCCAAGCGAAUGGUACAGGUUCCUCACCAGAUGCGGCCACACACCCUUGCACUUCUUUUGCUCAGAGACAUGUGACUCUACUCCCAUUGCCUAGGGACCUCCCUAGUGGGGUACAAUGUUUCUCCCUGUGAUAUAUCAGUCCCUUCUGCCCGCUGCUGUUUUUUAGCCCACAAUCUACCCUUUUUUGGCCUUCAUGACACGUUUCAUGUUGGUUAUGUACUUGGCACCUGCAACAACACAUAAUAGAACCUCUCAUGGUGGAACAGCAGCAGGUGAAUGAAUGUAUAUGUUUUUAAGUUGCACAGAAAUGCAGGCGCCGACUAAUUUUUUUUUUGUGAAUGGGUAGAUUUUCUUCUAGCCUGGCCUGUCACGUGGAGAUAUCGGCACAUAGUUUAACUAGAUUCCAUGCUUUUCUACUGGUAUGUACAUACAUACAAUAGAUCCCCUUGUCAGAUCUAAGAGGCUUCUAUUUUGUUAAUUAAUUAUUUCUGUCAUGUUGAUCUGUUUAUGUUUAUGGUUCUGUUCCAGAGGGUCUCAAUUUUGCAGUUGUAUAAAAGUUCCUGUUAUUUAGAGAAUUCAUGUACAAUUAAGACCCCCUCCCCUUCCCUCUCUUAUGGGUUAAUGGAACCAAAAUUUAGUUAUGGCCUGUUGCGAGAUGGCCAAGAGGUUGAAUGCUUCUCGUGUCUCUCAGUCUUUCUAUCAUGUAUCAGAUAGUCAAGAUUUCCCAGUAUCAGCAGUCAUUACUUCAAGUCUUCAACCAUUCAGUUCAGGUUUGGCCGUGUAGACUUUCAUUUAAUUGUUGAAGCCUCUCAUCUAAGAUGCACACUUUUUAGUACUUUCGUCAAUUAUGCAUAUGACAUGUAACUUUUUUAGAGAGAAAUCAGGAAUACCAAUAUGAACAUGCUUUAAAUCAGCUAAAGAAGGGAGACCCAUCUUACAUCGAAAUGGAAGUGACAACAUAUGAAAAUAA